UUCCUCCUUUGCCGAGGCUGACGUACUUCCGGUGCGGGGCGGAAGUGGAAGACGGAGCUGGCGCUGGGCGAGCGGAGGAGGAUCCGCAUCGGGGGACCAACAGGGCCGUGGUUGAUUUUCGGAUGUCGUAUAACGCAGAGAAGAUGUGGGACAGUCCUCGCCCGUCGUUCGGGGCAUUCCGGGGUCGUACAGGAGAGUCUUACUCUCCAAGGUGGCCGCAUGGUCUUGAUCCAAGAAUGAGGGGACGUAGUCCUUUACCGUUUCGGGGUGGAGCUGUACCUCCUGGUCCUCCUUACACCAGCCAAGGAGGGGUUCCUUUCAGCUAUAGAGAUGCAGGGAGGGGCCAAGAAGGAGCUUGGGAAGAGAGCAGACCGGCGCCAAAGGAGCAGAUGAACAUCCUGAGAAGAGGGGCGCAAUCGGCGAAUUUUAGAGACGUGGCGGAUAUGCAUUAUUCAGAGCAGGGUCUAGCCCCUGAUAUGGACUAUAGAGAAAGGGAAGUUCUAGAGCAGAGAAAGUGGAAGACGCCAGAUGUGGACUAUAGAGCUGAGGAAGGGCAGAGCAUCGGCUACAGGGUGAGGCUUCCACCGCCCGACUAUAGGGAUCAGGAUACCUCGGAAUACAGAAGAAAGUUGAUUGCAGAAAAGGAGCACCGAGAAAGAGAGAUCUUAGAACUGGAGCACCGAAAGAGAUUGGCAACCGCUCUUGAUUAUAGGCAGAGGCACGCUGCCGAAAUGGAGUACAAGUUACGACUGGACGGUAUACUGAAUCGUAGAGAAAGAGAAGAAGAAAUUCUACUGAGGGAGAGAGAUUACGCCGAGCGCCUACUGAGGGAGAGGGAGGUUCUGGAACGGAUGCGAGAUAGGGAUGCCGUGGCCAUGGUCCUCAGAGAUAGGGAGGCUAAGGGCUUGGCCCUUAGAGACAGGGAGGCUGCCGCCCUGCUUUUCCGGGAGAGGGAAGUUAUGGAUUACUCAGAGGGGGGGCUACCUGUACGGGUUAGAGAGUCUACAGACCUUGAUUUACGGGUUAAAGAAGCUGACAAGGAUUUCAUGGGAAGAGAGAGAGAUUUGGAGUAUCAGGAGAGCCUGCCUAGGAAGUACUCGGAAAGUGGAACCUUGUCCUAUCAGCAGAGCUUGUCUAGACAAUACUCAGAAAGUGGAACCACGUCCAUCCCGUAUAGGGAGCAAAAGAAGACCGAUCUGGAGUACAUGGAGGUAGAACAUCAAGAGAAAGACGCUUUAAAUGCCGGGACUGCAAAAGGCACUGCGGUGAAUAAGAAGUCUGCAGAAAUGCCUUACAGACAAGGCAAGGCAGCUCAUGUGAGCUAUGAAAAGGGGGAGUCCCAGGCCCAAAUGGCAGAAUUCCCUAAACACACCGACACGGACUACCGUGAGAAGGAGUGCGCGGACUCCGAUUACCGUGGCAAAGAGAGUUCGGACUCUGACUAUCGGAGCCGAGAAAAUGCCGACGUAAACUACCGAGACCUGAAGACCACCAACGUAAACUACCAACAAGAAGCAAAGACUGCCGACGUAAACUACCGUGACACAAAGACCUCCGAUUCAGAUUACCGGGGGAAGGAAAGCGUAGAUUCAGAUUACCGGGAGCGAGAGAGCACAGACACGGAUUAUCGGCACAGCGCAGUUAAAGAAAGCACCGAGAAAAUGGAGACCGGAAGUAAUUUUUUGGCAUCCAAUAUGGAAAGGGAUGAAAAAGCGAAAUCAACAGCCGGUUUUCCUUUGCUACCAAAGGAAAUGGAUGGGAAGACGGGCCCCAAAAAAGUUGAAACAAUUCCAUUUUUGUCUUUCAGCGAAGAAGAGUUGUCAUCGUUGGCCAGUAUAAUUGCUGAGGCUCAGUCCAAACCUCCCACAGAGGUUCAAGCACCAAGCAGCUCGAAACAAAGUUGUCCUGGGAAACUGGACACCGAUUUUCGAGAGAGACCAAAGCCGGAAGUUAAUAGCGGAGCCAAGGAACCGGCAGAGAAAGCUUCGGGAUAUGCAGCACACGGCACCCCUAAGGAGCUCUGUUCAGGCGAUCAGGACUUGCGCAGUAAAGACAGCUUCCCUAAGGUCCCUAUCAAGGUGGAAGCCGAUCAAGACUUGCGGACCAGUGCACCUGUUCAGAAGGAUGAGGAUCUCCGAGGUGGAGAUACAAAGACCCCUGAGGAAUUCUUUGCCCAGAAUUCUCUACUUAUGGACUUUCUGCGACUGGCAGCCAAAGAGCUAAGAGGGAAAACUAAUGUGCCAGAGGCUAAAGAUGAGCCCACCACUCUCGCCCCUGCCGUACCUGCUCCCAGUGCUGCUGCCGCCGAAACGUUUCACCCAGAUCUCGUCACCAGGCCUGCCAGACCGUUAGGCCCAGGAAGCAGCCUGGCCCCAGGGAUUGAAUACCUGUGCGGAGAGGACAUAGAUUAUAGGAACAUGGACUUCAAUGAUGUUGACCUGAGAGUUAGUCACAGACCAGAUAAACGUUUGGCAGAGAAAAGAGCUCGUGAAGACCCUCAGCCUGGGAGUAAGGAUAAGGACUAUCGCAGGACACCCAUACCUGAAGGGGCUACGAAGGUCAUCUGGCUGGAGGGUCUUCCCACUGGAGCCUCUCGGGAAGAGAUCCUGUGCGCGCUCAGAAGUGCGCACAACCUGCCGGAGACCAGCGUGAACCUCAUCGGAUACCUUCCAGGUUACAGCCUCGGCUCUGUCUGCGUGGAGUUUUCCCUCGUGGAAGAGGCCGUCGGAUGCAUGGAAGCCAACAAGGGAGUUCUACAUUUUAGAGGGAAAAAAGUAAAUCUGAAAUAUAUUCCAAAUUCCGACCGAUGGACGUGCCUUCAGUGCAAUGCUGUCAACGUGUUAUCCAAAGAACGAUGCUGGCAAUGCAGUGCACUGAGGGCCGGUACUGACCAUCUGCCUAUCGUCCAUAAAGAUCCCAAAACCCCACCCGUCCUGACCACCACGCCCCAGCGCAGCAAGAAGCGCAAGUCCAAACGCAGUCCCUCUGGCUGCAGCCCAGACCGCUGGAAGGAUAAGACCCCGCCUAGGGAAAGGAGCCCCCCGCCGAAGAUCACCAGGGCAGUGAAACGGGUCGACUCUCAGAGUGCAACCGUCAUCAUCAGGGGGAUCUGUGUGACCACUUCUCCAGGCACUGUGGUAAAAGCACUAAAGCCGUACGUACAGUUAUCACCGAGUUGUGUCCGCAUCAUGAAGAAUCGGAAGAGCAACCAUCGGGGAUUUGGCUUUAUAGAUCUUAAAAAUCACAAGGAGGCGAUACGUCUGACUGUCCUGGUGCGUGAUAUGAAACCACCUCUCACCAUUGAUGGGAAAACGAUUUCUGUGGACCUGGCAGUUGGGCAGAGGAGGACUGAACGCAAGUCUUGGAAAGGCAACAAGUCAUCUCCCGGCAAGAACCGGAAACAGAGAGGCCAGAGGAAACCCCCCUUCGCCUACCCGGGAUUCAGAGCUGAAGAAGGUCCAAGUUAUAUUUUUGACCCCAAAACCGGAUGUUACGUGGAUCCGCUAACAGACUCCGUCUACAACGAGCCCAAAUCUGAGCAGAAGCGGGAUGAUUAUCCCAACCGCGAUUCUGAGAAAGACGCAAAGGAGAAACCGAGUCGCACCAGAAGAGGCUUCACUGAGGAGACGGAGGAGGAAGAGGCAUUUAAGAGGCCGUUACCGCCCCCGGUGCCGGCGAAGAAAGAAGAGCCUGCUCAGCCAAUAGUGAACCCUCUGCUGGGGCUGCUUGGGGCGUAUGUGGAGGACAGCGAUGAGGAGGAGGAGGAAGAAGAAGAGGAGGAGAGCGCUAAAGUGAUACUGCCCCAAUUACAGAAGAAGAAGCCCGCCUCCCCACCUCCACCGCCUGUUGCCAAACUAGUGCCUAAACCAAUCGUUUUCCCCGUACCGAAACCGAUACCUAAACCUGCACCGAAACCGAUACUGAAACCGAUACUGAAACCUGCACCGAUACCUAAACCUCAGCCUAAGCUCCCCGCCCCCGCUACCUCCAGCAUCACCGAUUACGACAAGCUGAUCGACUGGAAGAAGUUGGUGUGCUUGUUGUGUCGUAGGCAAUUCCCCAGUAAGGAUACCCUGAUGAAGCACAAGAACCUCUCAGACCUGCACAAGAAAAAUAUUGCAAUUCAGGAGAAGAUGAGGAAGUCUCAGAAGCAGCUUGCGUACCUGCAGCAGAGAGAGCAAGAGGAGAAUCAAUGCAUCCAGCGGAGGUUGCUGCAGGCCAAAAAAGAGCUGGAGAUGCUGGAGAGAGAGGAAGAGGGAGCCCAACAGGAGGCAGAUGAAGGCCUGGACCUCGAGGUCUGCACUUUUGAGAAAAGGAAAGCAAAGGGUGAAGAUACCAGAAGUGAACUUUUGGGUGACAAAAGUGAGAGGAAGCGUCUCAAGUCUUCAGGCAGUCCGAAGCCAGCAGGAGAAUCGUACCGGGAGAACAUGAAGCGGCUGAUCCUGGAGCGGUAUAAAGAGCUGGAAUAAGCCCCGCCCCCCACCCCCCUGCACCAUACAUCCAUGUAAUCCUCAAAAGGUGUCUGUUCUGUACAAUCCGUGUCGCUGCUAUCAUCUGUUUUUUAAUAAAAAAUGUUAAAGUUU